CCAGCUGGCUCACUUCUACUACCUCUAACUUCUAAAUAAGCUUUCUAAUUUGAAAAAAAGAAAAGAAAAAAUAGAGCUGUUGAGAGAGCUCUGUAAAGCACUGUCCUGAAUUCAUGUCACAUUUCUGUCUCUUCAAACCACAGUGGCCAAUACCAGUGCAUCUUAGUGCAAUAGAACACAUCACAGCAUACUCCUGCGUAAAAGACAUGAGGUGGUGCCAAGAAUUACCCAGGGUCAUGGUUGGUGGCAGAGCCAAGACUAAGCCCUGUGUCUUGCUGAAUCAGUAAACAUCCACUGAGUGCCAUGUUCCAGGCACUGGGCUAGGAGCCAGGCUGGACACAGGUGCUGCUAGCUGGCUCCUGACUGUAGGUUGUGGGCUGUUUCCACCUCCUGGACCACAUGCUCUCAGGCAGUAUGGCAGAGUCUUCAGGGGCUUCCAACCCCAUGCCAGUGUUGUAAAACUUCCUAGGGCCGGCCUGGAGGCCAAGCAGGUGUGGCAGUUCUGCUGCAGAAGCACCUGCCACAAAAGCCGAGGACGACUCCUUUCUCCAGUGGUGCCUGCUUCUCAUUCCUGUGACUGCCUUUGGCCUGGGGACAUGGCAGGUCCAGCGUCGGAAGUGGAAGCUGAAGCUGAUUGAAGAGCUAGAGUCUAGAAUUAUGGCUGAGCCUGUCCCUCUGCCAGCAGACCCAAUGGAGCUGAAAAGUCUGGAGUACAGGCCAGUGAAGGUCAGGGGGCACUUUGACCACUCCAAGGAGCUGUACAUGAUGCCACGGACUAUGGUGGACCCGGCCCGGGAGGCCCGGGAGGCCGGCCAGCUCUCCUCCUCGGUCCAGAGCGGUGCCUACGUCAUCACCCCGUUCCACUGCACCGACCUGGGGAUCAGCAUCCUGGUAAACAGGGGGUUUGUCCCUAGGAAGAAAUUGAAUCCCGACACACGGCAGCAAGGCCAGGUUGAGGGAGAAGUGGACCUGGUUGGGACCGUGAGGCUGACAGAAACCAGGAAGCCUUUUGUCCCUGAGAACCACCCAGAAAGGAACCACUGGCAUUACCGGGACCUGGAGGCCAUGGCCAAGGUCACAGGCACAGACCCCAUUUUCAUCGAUGCAGACUUCAAGAGCACAGUCCCUGGAGGACCCAUUGGAGGGCAAACGAGAGUCAGCCUGAGGAACGAGCACAUGCAGUACAUCAUCACCUGGUAUGGACUCUGUGCAGCUACAUCAUACCUGUGGUUUAAAAAAUUCCUACGUCGGACUCCUGGCACGUGACAAGAUUAGCUGAUACAGCCCCGUCCUGGGAAGUCACUGAGUAAACAUUUCAAGCGAUUUGGUUUUAUGCUGGGCCAUGUACUAUCCCUAUAAAUAAAUUGCCACUACACACGUUGUGCUUUUCUUUCUACAUAAA